AUGUCUACAUACGACGAGGAACACAAUAUUACGCGUACGCAACCACAAGAUACUCAACGACGAGGUAGAAAUCAUGAUACCUUGAGUGGGAUUAUCGAUUCAUUUAUCCACUCUCAUCAAACAAAUCACAACCCCACUUCAAUAUCCUCUUCCUUAGACGAUCGUUUCACAGAAUCAGCAACAUCCCUCGAAUCUUUAUCAGCUGCAUUAAAUCAAUUGCGAACUUUGGAAAAUUCCCAACUUGCUGAUUCAUUAUUGAACAUCUUAGAUUCCAACCCAAAACAAACAGGUGUCAAUCUGGAAUUCCUUGACACUUUAGAACGAGUACCUGUAUCUCAAUUAUCGGAUGAUGAAUUUUGUCCCAUAUGUACAAACAAAUUCAAAGAUGACAAGUACCCAUUAAUUGUGAAGUUACCAUGUGGUGUUAAAAACUCUAAACAUUUUUAUGAUUUGGAAUGUAUUGGACCUUGGUUAAUGACAAACUCCACCUGUCCCAUGUGUAGAACUAAUGUUUUGGAAGUUGAAGAGAAUAGGAGGAAACGGAUUGAAGAAGAAAUUAGAAAAGCUAAAGAAGAGGAUUCGGAAGAGGAAGCAGAAGAAGGAUGGGAUAUUUACGGGUGA